AUGGAAAGUCCACUGAGCAGGAAACAACGUAGACAUCUGAAAAGAAAGACCCAGGUCCAGCAGCAGGAGACAAAGCUGGAAGACAUGGAAUUAAAUUCCAAGGUGGUUGAACCUCCAAUUAAUUUUUACCUCAGUUCACUCGAGGAACAAGUCAGAAGUGAACUGAAGGACAGCGAGGCGAGGCUCACCAAGACUGAAUCAGAGGGGAGAGUCCUCCUAGACAUCGAUGAGGACUCGCUGCAACAUUUUCUCGAUCAUGUCCAAGAAAAGAACGUGAACAACAAGUGGAGCGACGAGAAACAAGAAACGCCGAAGGAGGUAUGUGGCCUGAAAGAUCAGCUGCAUGAAUCUCAGGCUAAACAUGGCCAAUCUCAUGUAAAGUUGGAGCAAGUGAAGGGAGAGAAAGAGGCCCUUCAAAAUGAAGUGGAGGCUAAGAAGAUGGAGCUCUGUGCUGUAAGGAAGAUGAUUGCAGUGGCUAAAACCAACGUGGAGUUGGAGUUGGAGAGCUAUCUGGAAAUUGAGACGGCUCAAACACAGAAACUGCGCAUUGAAUUGAGAAAGAUGGCUGAAGCUCUCAAAAAUCAGGCUUUCCAUCAAGCUCAGAUGAACGAAGCACGGGACCUGCUGGAGACUGAGCGUCUCCGCCCUCAUCAGAAAGCUACCACCGAAGAGGAGAUGGAGACAUUCAGAGACUUCUGUCAGGCUAAAGUGGAUGAACAGAUCGAUAUUAGCAGUAAGCUCAAGGCUGCUCUUGACAAGACUGAGCAACAGCUGAAGACCGUUCAUCUCCAGUGGCAACAGGAGAAGUUUUUCCUCACAACACAGCAACAGAAAAAUGGGGACUACCUUCAAUCCCAGGUGCAUCUGAUAGCUUCCUUUCGGGCACAAGAGCAGGAAGCAUUAAAGCAGACGCUGGAAAGAUCUCAAGCUUUCCAUCAAGCUCAGAUGAACGAACAGACAGCGGAGACUAACAGGAUCGCAGCAGCUCUGAAAGAAGCACAGGACCUGCUGGAGACUGAGCGUCUCCACUCUCAUCAGAAAACCAUCACCCAGGAGGAGAUGGAGAUAUACAAGACCUUCUGUCAGGCAAAAUUUGAUGAACAUGUAGACAUCAAUGGUAAGUUCAAGGCUGCUCUUCAUAAGGCUGAACAAGAGCUGAAGAAUGGACAUCUGCAGUGGCAAAAAGAGAAGUCUUCUCUCACAGCACAGCUGGUUGAAGCGCAAGCAGAGACCAGGAAGACUGCAGAAGCCCUGAAAGAGGCAAAGGACCUGCUGGAGACUGAGCGCCUCCACUCUCAGCAGAAAACUACCACCCAGGAGGAGAUGGAGACGUCCAGAGCAUCCUGUCUGGCUGAACUGGAUGAGCACAAAAAAGAUAUUAGUAAGCUCAAGGCUGCUCUGGAGAAGGCUGAACAGGAGCUGAAGACUGGAACUCUGCAGUGGGAAGAGGAGAAGUCCUCCCUCAUUGCACAGCUGGAAACAGACUGGGACAAUAACAAUGACCAGCUGAAGACCAUAGCUUCUCUUCAAACACAGGAGGAGGAGGCUAAGCAGACGCUGGAGAGAUUCCAGUCAGCCCAUCAAGCCCAGCUGGAGGAACAGAGAGCGGAGAACAGCAAGAUCUUAGAAGAUCUGAAAAAGACAGAAGAUCUUCUGAAAACUGAGCAUCUCCGCUUUCAGGAACAGUCAACCCUCACGGCACAGCUGGAAACAUCCCAGAGCAACUAUCUUGCACAGCUGGAGAUGCAGGACAAAGACAGCAAGAACCUCAUGGCUACUCUCCAGAAGAAAUCUGAAGAGCAACUAGAGAGUGAACGUCUUCUAUGGCAGCAGGAGAAAGCUUCCCUGCUGAAGGACACGUUGAGAAAGAAAGCCUCCUCUGGGGUUCAGCUUGAGCACCAGAAAAAGAAAAACAACAACCUCUUGGCUGCUGUGAUGAAGACUGAGCAGCAGUUGAAGAGUCGUAGCAUUGAGUGGCAGCAGGAGAAGUCUUCCCUCACAGCCAAGCAGGAAAAAACCUGCAGGGACCUCUAUGAUGCCCAGCUGAUCGUAGCUUCUCUUCAAAAACAGGAGGAGGAGGCUACACAGAUGUUAGAAACAUCCCAGACUUCCCAUCAAUCCCAGCUGCAGGAACAGAGAGUGGAGACAAACAGGAUCGCAGCAGACCUGAAAAAGACAGAAGACCUGUUAGUAACUGAGCGUCUCCGCUUUCAGGAACAGUCAACCCUCACGGCACAGCUGGAAACAUCCCAGAGAAACUAUCUUGCACAGCUGGAGAUGCAGGACAAAGACAACAAAAACUUCAUGGCUACUCUCAAGAACAAAUUUGAAGAUCAGCUAGAGAGAGAACAUCUCCUUUGGCAGCAGGAAAAAUCUUCCUUUGGAGUUCAGCUCGACCAUCAAGAAAAGAAAAACAACGACCUCUUAGCUGCUGUGAUGGAGGCUGAGCAGCAGAUGAAGAGUCGUACCAUCGAGUGGCAGCAGGAGAAGUUAUCCCUCCUUCAGGCCACAGAAAACAUCCAGCAGACGCUGCAGGAGAAGGAACAGGAGCGGCAGACGACCGAGAGCUCCUUGAAGUCCCAGCUCGAAGAUCUUCAGAGCCAGAUCACCAUCAAGCAGAUGAGGAAGAAGUGGUACAAGAAACUCUUCUCAUGCCAGGCUCAACACUGA